AUUUUACCUCAUCAAACGAAUUUUGUCCAAAUCACCCUCAAUCACAUCUCGACUCGUGAACUCCUUACCUUCACCCAUACCAAGGUUAAGGUGAGUAAGAGGGUAAAGGGAGGAGCUAGGGGGCGUGUCUGGCGGGGACAUGGAGUAUAAAAAGCACCUGAUCCUAGUUUGAAGCAUCACAUUUGAUCCAUCAUAUUCAUCAUGUUCACUAAGGUCGUCGUCGCUCUCGCCCUUGUGGCCGCCACCUUGGCUGCUCCUUCACAGCCUUCCUAUGGAUAUGCUCCUCCGGCAACCUAUGAUGCUCCUGCUAAGUACGACUUCAACUACGCCGUGAAGGACGACUACUCCGGCAACGACUUCGGUCACCAGGAGGCCCGUGACGGAUACGACACCCAGGGAUCCUAUCACGUCCUCCUUCCCGACGGUCGUCUGCAGAAGGUCGCAUACACUGUCAACGGUGACUCUGGCUACGUGGCUGAGGUCAGCUACGAGGGUGAGGCCCAGUACCCCGAGUACAAGCCUGCUCCUGCCUACAAGCCCGCCCCCACUUACAAGCCAGCCCCUACAUACGCCUAAAUUACACAUAUAAAACUGUUUACAGUCAAUAUUUAUUAAACGAAGACUCUAUCA